AUGGACGGUACCAUCAUCGACUCAACAGAGGCUGUCGAGAAGCACUGGCACACAGUCGGCAACGAAAUAGGUGUUGCGCCCGAGGUGAUCCUCGAAACAUCACACGGCCGCCGGAGCAUCGACAUCUUGAAGAUUCUGGCCCCUGAAAAGGCGAACUGGGAGUAUGUUCGUGAGAUGGAGGGCCGCCUCCCGAAACUCUACGGAAAGGACGCGGUCGAGAUUCCGGGAGCAAGGGCGCUGCUAGACGCUCUGAUCAAGGACAAGGCGCCCUGGGCCAUCGUCACCUCGGGUACCGAGCCCCUCGUCGGCGGGUGGCUCAACGUACUCAAGCUGCCCCAGCCUGAACACCUUGUCACCGCCGAGUCCGUAGAAAACGGCAAGCCAGACCCAACCUGCUACCUCAUCGGCCGCGAGAAACUCGGCUUGCAGGACGCGUCGAAGCAGAUCCUCGUACUCGAGGACAGCCCGGCUGGCAUCAGAGCCGGCAAGGCGGCCGGAUGCAAGGUCCUGGGCCUUGUCACAAGCCACACCGUUGAGCAGGUCGUGAACGCCGAGCCGGACUGGAUCGUCAGAGACCUCGACUCUGUCAGGGUCGUCGAGAGCAGGGAUGGUGUCGUCACUCUAGAGUUUUCCAACGCCCUUGCCCCGAAUCCCUCGGCGUGA